AUGAACAGCCAAUGCAAAGAGUUCUGUCCACCGAUCAAACUGGGAUCAAUGAUAGGAUCAAUUAUCCUCAACUUCACCGGAGCUUCCCGUCGAGUAGGCAAGACGAUGAACACGCGGUUUCGGGGAACGAUGCCGAAUGAACUUGCCUCCAAUUUCUAUAUCUGUGUAGUAAUUGACGUCGUCGACGCGGAGAAUGGUGAUAUUGGGAAGGAGGUUAUCGAGCAUAUCAUCUUUGACCAAAAACGGGACAUUGGGUUCGUCAUCCUCAUCUUGAUCCUCAUCCUCGUCUUCGUCGAGACUGCUAAGAUUAUAUCGAACCAGGUUGACACCGCGAACAUGAACUUCCGUCAGCAGAGGAAAAUCAGCAAGACAGCCAAAGACUUAAUUCUGAGUCGAUCAUUCAUCUUCAAACCACAGAAAGACCAAUUUCUUCAGCGUGUCCUUGAGGGGAAAGAUGCUCUUGCACGCGCGCAUCAAAUCCAUAUAUCCAAGAUCAAAGCUCACGAAGUCCACAGCGUCACUCGAUACGAGGAGCAGUCCUGA